CCCAGCCCAGCCCAGCCCAGCCCAGCGCAGCCGAGCUCAGCUCAGAACAGCUCAGAACAGCCCAGCACAGCCCAGCGGAGCCGGGAGAAGGUGAGAGCGGCUGCGGCGGCGAGCGCUGCCCCGUAUCACCCGCUGCCGGGACACCGCGGCUGCGUUCCGAGCCGCCGGCGGAAUCGGAGCCAGCGACGGAAGGCGCCCGCCCCCCACUUCGCCGCUUUCCGCCGGGAAUCGCCCGGGAGAUCCCCGAGACCGAGGCCGCCGCCGCCGCCGCGCCAUGGCGAUCGCAAGGCAAGUGCUUUGUCUGUGUGCUUUCCUGUCCGUGCCGCACGCUCGCGCCGAGCCCAUCCGCUACUCCGUAGCCGAGGAGGCGGAAAGCGGCUCCCUGGUUGGCAACCUGGCGGAGGACGCGGGGCUCACGCCGGAGCAGCUCUCGGCUCGCCGCGCCCGCCUGGUCUCGGAGGACGGGCGGCAGCAUUUUCGCUUAGACCGCGCCUCCGGCCGCCUCGUCGUGGCGGGGAGGCUGGACCGGGAGGAGCUGUGCGGCCACUCCGGCACCUGCAUGCUCCCCUUCGAGCUGCUGCUCGCCAACCCCCUGCAGUAUUUUCAGGUCGAGGUGGCUCUGGAAGACAUCAAUGACCAUUCACCCGUCUUUCCCGAGGAACGAGUUACUUUCCAGAUCCCGGAAACGAGCGAGCCGGGCUCUCGUUUCCCUCUGGAGGGUGCUCGGGACCUUGAUAUUGGCAGCAACACAGUCCAUGCAUACAGUAUCUUUCCCGAGAACGAGUAUUUUAAUGUCUCCUAUGGCAGCCACAGCGAGAAUGACAAAAGUGUGGAGCUUAUUUUGGAAAAGUCACUAGACAGAGAGGAGCGGGCAGAGAUGAGUUUCAAUCUCAUUGCUGUGGACCGUGGCUCUCCUCCCAGGAGUGGGACCACAGAAGUCCACAUUAUUGUUGUAGAUGUAAAUGACAACUCUCCUGUCUUCACACAGAAAAUCUAUGUUGGGCAGGUUUUGGAAAACUCACCAGAGGGCUCUGUGGUUCUGAGAGUGGUGGCAACAGAUCGGGAUAUAGGCGUUAACGGGGACAUCUCCUAUCAGUUCAGCCAAGCAGUGAGUCAGACCGACAACUCGUUCACAAUUGACUCUGUGAGUGGUGAAAUUAAACUCACAAAACCUCUGGACUUUGAGGCAGCAGAAACUCACGAGCUCAGUGUGAGGGCCAGAGAUGGUGGGGGGCUCUCAGCAAUCUGCAAAGUGUUGGUGGAGGUGGUGGAUGUGAAUGACAAUGCCCCGGAGCUGGUGGUCAGUUCCUUCAGCAGUCCCCUCCCCGAGAACACAGCGCCCGGCACGGUGGUUGCCCUCUUUACGGUCAGGGACCGGGAUUCUGGUGCCAACGGGAAGAUCUCCUGUGCUCUCGAGGAUCAGCUCUUCUUCUCCCUGCGGCCAGCCUUUAAGAAUUACUAUGAGGUGGUGACAGUGAGCGCGCUGGACCGCGAGGAGACGGCUCAGUACAUCCUGACUGUCACAGCAGCAGAUGCGGGGUCACCUCCCCUCACUACCACGCAGACCUUCAGCGUGGACAUCUCGGAUGUCAAUGACAAUGCCCCUGUGUUCAACCAGACGUCAUACACCAUGUAUGUGCGUGAGAACAACGUCCCCACGGUGUUUGUUGGAGCCGUCAGUGCUGCAGAUGCUGACGUGGGGCUCAAUGCCAAGGUGACCUAUUCCCUGGCCCCAGCCGAACCGGCAGAGCGGCCUUCCUGCUCCUGCAUCUCUGUGAACUCCGAGAACGGACACGUCUUUGUGCUGCGGCCCCUGGACUACGAGCAGUUGAGGCAGACCGAGGUCACAGUCAGUGCCUCUGACGCGGGGUCUCCUCCCCUCAGAGCCAACGUCACCCUCCGCCUUGUCGUGCUGGACGAGAAUGACAAUGCCCCGCUCGUGCUCUACCCAGCCCAGGACAGCAGCCCACCGUCCAGUGAGCUGGUGCCCGUGUCGGCUGAGGCGGGCUACCUCGUCACCAAAGUGGUGGCCGUGGAUGCCGACUCGGGACAGAACUCGUGGCUCUCGUACCACCUGCUGAGGGCCAGCGACCCCGGGCUGUUUACGGUGAGUGCCCAAAGCGGGGAGGUGCGUCUGAGGAGGCCGGUGACAGAGAGAGAUACCGUGAAGCAGAAGCUCGUUGUCCUGGUGAGAGACAACGGGAAGCCCCCGCUGUCAGCCACCGCAGCUCUGAGCGCACUCGUGCUCAAGGACUUCUCAGACGUGCGCCUCCCGCCCAGCAGUGCGGCCACAGAGGAUGAGGGCGGCUCCCUGACCACCUAUUUAAUCAUUUCCUUGGUCUUUGUCUCACUCCUCUUCCUCAUCUCCACCGCCGUCUUUGUCGCUCGCAAGGUGUGCAAGAGACAGGAGCUGAAGGCUGGCCAUGUGCUUUAUGGUGCCGACAACUUGCAGAGCGGCCUGGCCGAUGCAGCCGCUGCAGGGACCCUGCCCCACGCCUAUUGCUACGAGAUCAGCCUCACAACGGGCUCGGGCAACAGCGAGUUCAAAUUCCUCAAGCCCAUCCUCCCCAGCCUGCCACCACAGCACAGCGCCGUGGGCCAGGGCCCUGAUGAUGAACAGGAUUUCCCCAGUGUCCCUGUGAGCGCAGAGGACAUGGCACCAGACAACCCUGGGACUCUCUCUGCAGGACACUUCAACACUCUUUCCUUCAACUAGCACGGGGUCUGCACAUCUGGAUGCUUCAUGGCUCAUGGGAGGAGGGGAUCCAGGCUGCAGCCUGUGGCAACGGUUCCUCUGGAGUAAAUCUGUGUUUUCAAUUGGCGUAAGCAAUUUCCCUCAAAUUCUAAGUCAGUAUAAAAGUUUUCUGCCACUCCAAAUACAUAAACAAACAAAAGAAAUUCAGGUCUUCUCACUGAGGCAAUAGUAUGUUUCAGCUCUGUAUGGUCAUUUCUGUUUGGCUUUAAGAAUGCAGUUAGCAUUCCAGCUAUGCUCUUUUCUCUCUUGCUGUCCAACAAGACAGCGGAGCGUUUAUUCUGUCUUGUGACACAAGGGCACAGCUGGGCUGACAGAUCUCCUCCUUCAUAAAAUAUAGAAAACCCCUUUCCCAGCUCAGGAAAGCCAAGAUAUUGAGACUACUGUGUCACAACGUCAUGUGAGGAGUGGCCUCUUUCGUCCCGGGGUUCUGGAUUCUUUUGUCUGAGAUGCCUGGGAUCUCUGUGCUUUGGUUUCUUGUCACUAUGUCAGCCUGUAUAGCCACUGUGUGUUUGCAUAUGAUUCACCAGUGCUGCCUGCUGAAUGAUGGAGUUGCUCCCAUCCAACCUUUGCAAUGCUGGCAAUUGCAUCUCAACUGGCAAGAAAGGUAUUCUGACCCUUUGAAUACAGGAGUCUCAUCUUCUCCAGGGCAGGGAAGAGCAGUAAAAUGUACAACAAAAUAUUCUUUUUGCCCUAUGAAGCAGUGCUUGGUGUUCUGUCUCGUUGUAAUACAGAAAUAUAGCAGCACAAACCCUGUUGGGUAUACUGUAACUGUACAAGGUUUUGAAAACAUGUCCAUUUUCUUUGGGUACAUUUCAUGAAAACUCCAUUAAGUCCUUCAGAGAGCGUUUUCUGAAGGGUAGAAUCAACACGAAAUGGCAAAAAGGAGAUUGAUUUUGGUCUUCUUAUUGUUCCUAUAUACAGUGGUUUCUUGUUGAGAGUAGAAAGCUGUCCCCACAUAAUUUUCUGCAUUUGUCUUAGAGCAUUUGCAUUCUCCUUUUUGCCCCUUCUCCUGCUACUCUCUGAACUGUGUUUGAGCAUCGUCUUUCCUACUCUGCUUAAGGACUGCCACCCCAUGUAUAAUAACUGAUGACUUGAAUGAUGUCUGUUAGGCACAGAGCAUUCAGAAAGCCUCACACUGUUGUUGUGCUGAAGUUAUAAAGUUUAACAUUGUAAACUUGAAUACCCCUGAGUGUAAAACUGAAAUAAAGAGAACACCUGAA